GUAAAACAUCAAACACCUUCCCUUCAUUUUCUCCCAAUUUCAAUCCCUUGAAUUUCAAUUUCUUUGAAUUCAGUUGUCGGGUUUGGAGGAAGUGAUAUGCAUCUGUAUAAUGCAUGGUUGCCGCCGCCGGUGGCGGAGGAGACGAAGAAGGAAGGGGAGGCCUUCUCCCGCGUCGUGAGCUCCAUGCGGAGCUCGUACAAACCCGAAGAUCCUGAUUCCGUCUACGCCACUCUCAAAUGGAUUUCCGUCCUCGACGUUUUCCUGAAGGCGAAGAGCGACGUGGCCUUGGAAGAUGUCACCGCCGUCGUGGAAAUUGGGCUGGAGCUGUUUGGUGUCUCGCAGGACAAGCUUUAUGUUCAGGUAAGAUGGGGAAAUAUUUUGGUGAGAGUGCUUAAUAAGUAUAGGAAGAAGUUGACGCUGAAAGUACAAUGGCGCCCUUUGUACGAUACUCUGGUUCACACUCAUUUCUCAAGGAGUACUGGUCCAGAAGGGUGGAGGGUGAGGCAGCGACACUUCGAGGCCAUCACUUCGCUUGUUAGAUCAUGCAGGAGGUUCUUUCCUGCUGGUUCAGCCUCUGAGAUUUGGUCUGAAUUUAGUUCUCUAAUGGAAAAUCCGUGGCAUAAUUCAUCCUUCGAAGGAUCUGGGUUUGUACGACUGUUCCUUCCAACAAAUUUGGAAAACCAGGAUUUUUAUACCAAUGAUUGGGUGAGAAAGACUAUGGAGCUGUGGGAAUCUAUACCAAAUUGCCAGUUCUGGAACAGUCAGUGGUCGGCCGUUAUAGCUCGGGUCAUAAAAAACUAUGACUUUGUUGAUUGGGAAUGCUUCUUACCUGUACUAUUCACUCGAUAUUUAAACAUGUUUGAGGUUCCAGUGGCAAAUGGAAGUGGAUCAUACCCCUUCCUUGUUGAUGUCCCUAGAAAUACAAGUUCUUAUUUUCAAAUAGAACACUGACCCCAACAAAAGCUAUUGUUAAAUCAAUUGUCUAUCUACUAAAGCCUGGUAGUUCAACAGGAAAGCACUUAGAGAAAUUGGUCGACCUCUUAGAACAGAUUGUUAACUGCACUGUCAAGUCACCAAUGCCAUCUCUAACCUGUGGAUUUGUUGGUUCUUAGUUCAUUGUUGUCUCUUUGUAGGUAUUACCACCCAUCUAAUGGUGGCCAGUGGACUUAUUCAUUGGAGUGGUUCUAUAUUCUCUAAUAUUUCUACUUUGGAUUAUAGCAUGGAUGACUCAUCCUUCGUGCCAAUGAUUCAGAUGUCUGAGUGGUUAGAUGAGUUCUUGUGUAGGCUGUUCUCCUUACUUCAGCAUUUGGAACCUAGCAGUGUCAUUGUCAGAGAACAAUUAAUUACAUGUCUGCGGGAGUGAAGGUUCACAUUCGGCAGCAACAUCAGGGACAUUUUUAGUUGAGGAUGGUCCUUAUUACUAUUGUAUGCUUGAAAUCUUGCUUGGAAGGCUUUCAAAAUCGCUGUACAAUCAAGCAUUGAAGAAAAUUGCAAAGUUUGUAAGGACAAAUAUUCUUCCUGCUGCAAUUGCUGAGGUUGGCUUGCUUUGCUGUGCAUGUGUUCAUACGAACCCUGAGGAGGCCGUUUCUGCUCUUGUUGAACCUAUGUUGUCUGCUGUUAUAUCUUCCUUGAAAGGGACGCCAGCAACUGGAUUUGGUGGAAGAGGAGUCCUUGAGACCUCAGUUUUGUCGAAGGCAAAGCCAACAUUGUCUCCAGCUCUUGAAACAUCAAUUGAUUGUCAAUUGAAAAUACUGUCAGUGGCAAUCAAUUAUGGAGGCCCUGUCCUUCUUCGUUACAUUAUCAAUUCUUAGAAGCUGUAGCAUCUGCCUUCGAAUCUCCCUCCUGGAAGGUUAAUGGAGCUGGUGAUCAUCUUCUUAGGUUCCUCAUAGGAAUCCUAGUCCUUUACUACCCUGUUGAUCAGUACAGGUGCAUUUUAAGUCACCCUGCUGCUAGGGCAUUGGAAGAGUGGAUUGGCACAAAAGAUUAUGGCGAUGAGGACCCAUCCAUCGCGCCCAAAUGGCAUGUUCCAAACGACACAGAAGUUCAAUUUGCAAAUGAGCUUCUGAACCUACAUUUGCAGUCAGCUUUAGAUGAUCUAAUGAGGAUUUGCCAAGAUCGAAUCCAUUCCGAUCCAGGCAAUGAGAAAUUGCACCUGAAAGUGACUCUUUUGCGGAUCGACUCUUCACUGCAAGGUGUUUUGUCUUGCUUACCUGAUUUCAGCCCAGCCUCCAGAAAUGGGAUUGUCAACGAUCCGUCUUACAUUCCUUUCCUGAUAGCUGGAGCAACAGGUACAACUGUUGGCAGCUCUGAACUGCGCGAAAAUGCUGCUGAAAUUGUACAUUAUGCUUGCAAAUAUCUUUUAGAGGAAAAAUCAGAUGAUAGCAUCUUAUUUGUACUCAUAGUGCGGAUAAUCGAUGCUUUGAUAAACUACGGAAGUCUGGAGUUUGAUGAAUGGUCAAAUCACUGGCAGGCUAGGAAGUUGGAAUCUUCUACUAUUAUAGAACCUCCCAUAAAUUUUAUAGUUUCGUCUCAUUCAAAAGGGGGGAAAAGGUCAGUUGGUUGUAUUUACUUGAUAACUAUCUUAUUGAUAGGAAUAUUGAAUAUUGAAUUUAUUUUUCUAUGUCAGGCUUCGAUGGGCUCUUAUUGACAAGGCUUACAUGCAUAAUACAUGGAGAACAUCGCAAUCAGUGAGAGUGAGACGCCCUUAGGGUAAGGUGGAACGGGACACUUUAUUCCUUCUCACAUUUGAUGGAAAGAGCGAUUCUCCUCAUUUAUCAGGGAAGUGAAAACUAACGCUUGCAUGUCUCAGAGAGGGAAUUGGGGUCUCUAAAAACCUCCUUGUUGCAGAUUUCCGAAGACUAUAAUUGAGUCGGAAGACUUCAGAAAGUGGAAAAGAAAGACAUGGGAUCAUGCUUUAUCUUCUCGUAUACUACGCUUGGCAAUAGGACCGCCCGGUCAAGAAUGAGAGAAGUGACCUACCAUCUUUUCCACACUCGUAUGGAGGGUAGCACAGCGUCACUUCAGUCAGCACAUUUUUGUUCUCCCUCCGAUGGCAGGAUGCUAAAGCUAACUCCGGAAACGUAUCACGAAACACUUGGUAAAAUUUUUCCUUAGUGUACUUUCCAGGAGGGAGGGCUACAUUGCUUCCUAUCCUGUAAGUCUUCAUCCAUUCUGCAAUUGCCGCCCCAUACUUAUAUGUGUCUCGUGAAGUGCAAGUGUCGUGUCUGUAAAAUUCAUCCAGAAUUCAGGUUGUUGUCCUGGCGGGAAGGAAAUCCCCACCCAAACCUUAUCCCAUUCUUCUGACAUUCCCGAAGUAACCUAUAUGCAGUUGCAAAGCAUAAUACAACACUUAAUAGGGGGUGCGAGACAAGGGCAAAACUCAUACAAGCAAACCGAGAGGGUAAGAGAAAUACUUACAAGGGUCUCGUAGUCAUACAAACUUCUCUGCCUUCCAUUACCUGCAUCACCGUGGCAAUAUUCCACACUUCCUCCAUUUUCAUCAACAGCCCAGAUUCCAUGGGCAACCCAAUCGUCCCCUAUAAGCUCUGGUUGACAUCUAAAACGGGGGUUGGAACAGUAGCCUAGCGGAUGUGUUUGCACAAGAAGCUCGUGGAGAAGAGUCGGUUGCUGUCGCUGUGGUAUUGGAGCAACUUGGACCCUUGCCGCAAAGACCAUCAUGGCACCGAUGAUGAGACAACACAGGAAGACCUUAGUUGUGGAAUAAGAGAGCUAAUAGAGGACGAUGAACUAACGAUUUUUGAUAUUCGGAAGUUUAAGCAACUGUGUUCAUCAAUUUUUGAUGUUCGGAAGUUUAAGUCAAUCCAUAGACGCAAGUUUAAAUAUGAGGUAAUGGAAGGCAGAGAAGUUUGUAUGACUAUGGGACCCUUGUUACUUUGGGAAUGUCAGAAGAAUGGGAUAAGGUUUGAGUGGGGAUUUCCGUCCCGCCAGGACAACAACCUGAAUUCUGGAACCAUGAAUUUUACCGCCACGACACUUGCACUUCACGAGACACAUAUACGCAUUGGGCGGCAAUUGCAGAAUGGGUGGAGACUUACAGGAUAG